UCUGCCUCUGGGAACCCCUUUGCUGAUGUUCUCAAAUGUGAUACUAGCUGUGCCUCAAGUUGCUUGGAGAUACUGCAAAGUACAGAGCUGAAAGGCUGGAUAUGUGGAAAGUCACGACUUUUCUUUAAAUAUUGGCAUCAGGAACAGCUGGCAAAAUGUGUGGAGCGACUGGAAAGAGCAGCAGUUGUCAUACAGAAAGUUUAUAGGGGAUUCAGAUGCAAGAAGAGUUACGUAAAAUUGGUGGCUGAGCUGAGAGCUCAAGCACAGAGUCUGCAGAAUUUGGCAGAGAAAGAAAGAACACGGCAGCUGGCCCUGGAAGCAGAGGCCCAGAAAAGAAGCCACUUUCCAGUUCCCACGCCACGGAAGAGGCACCCUCAGCCUAAUCCCCAUCCUUCCGAUAAGUCACAACAGCUACCAGUGCCACGGCCACGCAGCAAACUAAAAGAGUCCACUCCUUUUGAUAACUUCUUGGACCCUUCUGUACCUCACCCUGUUCUGGGAACAGAGGAACAUGCUGGAGAAGAAGCAGAAAUGAGGAAAAUCAGGAGAGGAGCAACUCUCCGCUGGUUCAGAGAGACACAGGCUGAGAAGGUCGUGCAGGAUGAUGGGGCCUUUCCAAGCUGGCUGUAUGGGAUGAUCAGCAGGAGGGAAGCUGAAAACUUGCUGCAUGACAAGCCUUUGGGUUGCUUCCUUGUUCGGAUUAGCCAGAGCCAACCAGGCUACAUCUUGACAUACAGGGGCCAAGGCCGCUGCAGACACUACAUGAUCCAGGUGCAGCCCAACGCACGCUACGUCAUCCUGGGGGAGCACCAGGCUCAUGCCUCGCUCACCGCACUGGUUCGGUACCACCAGACCGUGGGCAUCCAGCCCUUCAUGGAGAUACUGACUGUUCCCUGUGGGCAGAAAAGUAGUAAGAAUUUGGAUUACGAAAAUCUGGAGUACCCCAUGCUGAGUUCACCACCAGGCAAAGCAGAGACCCUUCCACAGAAGCAGUCCUGUCCCUUCAUGCCUUCCAUCAGCAAACCUACUCUGCCGUGUCUCAGAAGGAGCAAGAAUUUCCAAAACCAACAGACCCCAGACAAGAGUAGGACAAAUCCAAGCUCUAGAGAGACCAGACAACAAGCCUCCCCUCGUCUCCGCUCUUCCAUACGACUGGCGAUGCAGGAAAUCCAGCAGGUGAGCCAUAUCCUCUGCCAAGCCAUGGCCCCUCUGGGACAUGUGGAGCUGCCCUGCCCAGGGGAGAUAGGAGGCUUCCACAAGUAGCACUUGGUUUCUUAGCUCCUGGGUGAUGGGUUUGGGUUUGGUGGUCUUGGCAUCAAGACUGUAUUCUUUGGAAGUGCCAUCCGGGGGGGAGACCCUGAGAGGGGCUCAUUGAGAUGCCCAAAGAAAAGUCCAAGGCAGAAGGGCUGUGAUGUGACCAGUGUCCCAGGCACUGCUCCCCUAAUGCUGUCCCUCUUCUUCUCACUGCAGUUCAAUUCCUAUUCCAUGAACAUCUCUGAACAGGGGCACUCAAGCCGUCACCGCUGAGGAUGCGUAGCCCAAAUGACUCGGUAAGGAGGAGGCACAAGGGCAAACAGCAAUUGCAGCUCCCUGGGAAAUGGAGGAGCAAAGGGGCUCUUCCCUUCAUGCUCCACCUGGAACAUCUCUUGGCCACAAGCUACAUAGAAAUAGAGCAGGAGAAACAGAGAGCAGCAGCCAGCUUCCAUCCCGGGACUGCAAAGAGACCAGGAAAACUGGGAAAAAUUAGCUGAGGUUUGGGUUCCCAGCAGCUCUGGUGCACAGAGUGCCUGCAGUACAAUGGCAAGGCUGCUGGAGGGAGCUCACAGUUUGUUGGAGGCCUGGGGCUGGAAGGACUAGAACUAUUGGAAUGCCUGUCUGCAUGCCAUGGUUGUCAGCUGCAGUGGUUUAGUGUGGUGGAGGGAGGUGCUGGGGGAUAGCAGGGGCGGUGAGCUGAAGGCAAGACUCAAAACAUUGGAAAAGGCAGUGACUUUUAUUGCUGUGAAGAGGAUUUUAAACAAGGUCUCAGCAGCUGGAAGCACAGCUGGUUACUGAGACUGUGGUCCACUGGGUGGGUUAUAGGAAUCUACAGAGUGGGCCAGGAAGGGCCUUUUGGCAGACCUUGUGAUGUCUGAAGCAUCUAGUGGAUGUGCAGCUCUCCAGUGGGUAAAUCCCUGUCCCACUCAGUUGCUGAAGGCAGGUGGAAGCUGUAGUGGGAUAAUCUCUGGAUAUAUGUCAGCUGGGAGUGGAGAAGACCAUGUUUUUGGCUGCUGACCCACCACAGGGCUUCCAGCCUUGCACCAGGAUUGCCGAGCUUCCUGCAUGGUUCCACUCCCACUUGGAUUUCAUGCUGUAGCAAAGCUUUUUAGCUGGGGCCUGUCUUGUCUUUCUCUUGAUGGCUGAGAAAAUCCUUUCCCUGAAGUGUUUGACUCAAUUGCUUCAUUUCUCUACGUACCAUUCAUUGAUAUACCCAGGGGAUGCUCCCUGUGUCUGAGAUUAGGCAGAAGAAAGACAAAACAUGUGGGAACUGCAUAGACAACUUCCAGCACUGGGAUAGCUGAAUGAAACCCUCCUUUUAUGUCCUUCAAUGAGCUGUGUUUCUUGACUUUCUUGCAGGUCCAAGUGGCUCAGCCCUACCUUCUUCAAGUGCUGCUGGCCCUGGCCUAGUAGUGAAUGUACUAAUGUAUUCAGACACAGAGCUGCCUUUUUCCUUUUUUCUCUCUCUCUUUUUUUUUUUUUUUUCUUU